AUGACCUACAUCACCGAGAGCUACUACCUGUUCCUCACAGGCGAGGAUGACGCCGUCGCUGCCCUCGACGACGACUACCACUCCAAGGCCCGCGCCCAAGUCGAUGCGUUGGGAGUGGCCAUUCAGGACCUGGAGAAGGAGGUCCAGGAUCUCGAGGCCAAGCGGAGCAAGCAAAUCUCGGCGCCCUCUCGCCUCAAGGCGCUGGAGGAGAAGAAGGAUGCAUUUACUGCCGACGUUCAGAAGUUCGAGGCGGUGGUGAAGAGCUGGUCCACCAAGAUCAAGGAGAAGGAAGAUGCCUUGGUGGAGAAGGAGAAGGAGCUGGAGGCCAAGGUGAUGAAUUGCCAGCAGACGAUGGCCGAGAAUGAGGAGCUGCUGAAACAGGUGGAGACGCAGGUGGUGAAUGUCAGGGACGUCGAUAGGAUGGCUAGGGAGAUGCAAGCGGUGGAGCAUGAUAUCUCCAAGUUGGAGAAUGCAAAUGCUGUACUGGAGGAGAAGGGGUGGGAACUUGAAGCUGCACUUGUCAGCAAGCUCGAGGAGAUCGAGGGCCUUGCCGAGCUGUGCAACCAGUCCCUCCGGAAGUUGAAACCCAGUAUUGAUUUCCAGUUCGAGGUAAAUGCAAAAGGAUCCUCCCCGGCUGAGAUCCUUGGUACCACCUACAAAACCAUCCUGAAGCCCGCGCUCAAUGCUCUUGCUAAUGAGACUAAACGGCUAAUUAUCUCAAAGCAUGAUGAGUCAAUUGAUCUACAAAAGCAGUUGCAAGGAAUUGUUAAAAUGCUGGAAGAGAAAAAGAGUCAUGUUUCUGUUCUACAGGCUAAACAUAAUGAGAUGACUGGUCAGCUGGAUUCACUGGAUCGUGAAAUCCAGAAUCACGUUUCACGCUGCGCAGCCGAUGCUAGAAAAUUGAAAGACGAGCUAGAGAAAAAGGAACAUCACAUGAGCACUGUUGAGAAGGAGGCAGAGGAGUUUUUGAAGAACUCCGAAGAGGGUCUCCAGGCCGCAUUGAGGGAGACCGACGAAGAAACCCAGAUGUGCGCGAGGGAGCUGCUUAAGCUCAUCGAUUCAAUCGCGGAGUACAAGGAGUUUGUGGAACAGUCGACUGCCGAGAUGAAGAAAGACCUCUACGAAUGCGUGGAUGACAUAGCUUCGCUGUCAGCCAAGAUAGUCUGA